AUGCCGGGAGCAAUUGUUGAAAAUUUGAGCGGACGAAAACUCGGUAUUCUCAUGACUAUAUUGCUCAUUUGUCAAAUAAUAUGUUUUUUAAUUGGUGGUUUAAUAGCACCGAGUCCAGCCAGUGCUUCAAUGGUUUUAGCUACUAACUGCUUGGAUUAUGAAAAAAAUUCUAGUAAAUGGUUAUAUUCUAGGGGUGUAGGGGCAUGUCAACCAAUUGAUUUAAGAAAUACAAGGAUUGAUACUGGGGAUAAAUUUACCGCUAAUGAAAUUGUAUUUGUAUUUCAAUUACCACUUCCUAGAGAUUCAAUUGUACUUGAUUACUCGAGAUGGCAGCAAAAUCUCAUUGGCGUAUUACAAGCCGGCAUCACUUAUCAUAAAGAGUUUGAAAUGAAGCCAAGAACUGUAAUAACAAUUGAUGCAAAAUUAGCAUAUAGGAAUAAAGGGGAUCCAGACAAUGAUUGGAAAUAUCUUACUUCUUCUACUGAAACUCGCUUAUUAGAUUGUAAUGCUGUAAACAAAAGAGAGGGUCACCAGUAUGAUUGUUCCAUAGUUCCACUUUUUGAACUGGGAUCUUUACAUCACGAUUAUUAUUUAUUAAAUGUUAGAUUUCCAGUAGAUUCUGAAAAAAAAAUAAAUGUAGGAUUAGGUCAUGUCGCUGAAUUAUGGCUAGUUGUUAUUAAUCAAAAUGGGGGUUUUACUAAAAUUUGGGUAUCAUUAAAGACAAUAUUCUUUCCGUUUAUUAUCGGUAUAAUGGUAUGGUUUUGGAAAAGAGUUUAUCAGCUUCAAAGAGAGCCUGCUUUGUUAGAAAAAAUGCUCUUAUUUUUAGGUAUCACAUUGACAUUAUUAAACACUCCUUUGGAAUAUUUAACUUUAAUGUUUGACAUGCCUUACAUGUUAAUUUUAGGAGAUAUUAAACAAGGCAUUUUUUAUGGUGCUUUACUAUCUUUUUGGCUAAUUUUUGCAGGAGAGCAUUUAAUGAUAAAUGAAAAUGAAAAAAGUACAUUGAAAACUUAUUGGAAACAUUUAAGCGCUGUUGCUAUAGGUUGUGUUUCAUUAUUUAUAUUCGAUAUGUGUGAAAGAGGCAUGCAGUUGACAAAUCCAUUUUAUUCUACUUGGGCCACAGAAAUUGGCGCAAAUUUUGCUCUAACUUUUAUCGUCUUAGCUGGAAUUUGUGCAUGUUUUUAUUUCAUAUUUUUGACUUAUCUCAUUUGGAAAGUAUUUUGUAAUAUCAGUGCGAAAAAAGCAGUACUUCCUGCCAUGUCGGCAGUUAGAAGGUUGCAUUAUGAGGGUAUCAUAUACAGGUUUAAAUUUCUCAUGUUGGCUACUCUUAUUUGUGCGGCUAUGACAGUUAUUGGAUAUAUAUUGGGACAGGUAUCCGAGGAUCAGUGGAAAUGGGAUGAUCAUAGUAUAAAGUACACAUCUGCUUUUUUUACCGGCGUUUACGGAAUGUGGAAUAUUUACAUAUUUUCACUUAUUGUUCUUUAUGCUCCCUCACAUAAACAGUGGCCCACUGAUCAUGAUACUUAUUCUGUUAAUAAUGAGGAAAUUGAAUUUAGUCGAUUGCCAACAGAAGCAAGUGAAAUGUCUUCAAUUGCUGCAUUUGCAAGAAAAGGUGCAAUAGAUUAA